GCUAUGUAUGGUGACUCACACAACAUGUGAUUCGCCAGGAGGCCACGCCCCUCCCUGACAGCUGCCAGCGUUACCCGCGCCUCUUCCUGUUGUGGGCGGGGCUAGGGGAGGGUCGGUGGAGACGUCGCCAUUCUAGGCGGCCAACGCUGAGUGACGGGACCGGGGACAGGCAGGCCGCCGCCACAGCACAGCCAGCCCGGGAGGCGCUCCGGGGAACAAUGGCUGUCGAUAGCAGCAAGUUCAACCACCUGACGCUUAGUCAGCUCAAUGAGCUUCUGGAAGAUGACGCCAAGCUGGGGAAGAUGGCCCAAGAGAUGGAUGAGGCUCAGAAUGUGCAGCUCAACAAGGAAAUGACACUUGCUGGGAACAGGAGUCUAGCAGAAGCAAACCUGCUCUACCAGCCCAAGCUGGAAAACCUAAAAGCCACCCUCACCCAGCGAUACCAAGAACUGCAGACUAUUAUGGAAGCCCAUCAAUUAAAGAAGACAAAGCUGGAUCAACAGUCUGUUAAUGCAUCACUGGAAACAUUAUUAGCACUUCUACAGACUGAAGGAGCCAAGAUCGAAGAGGAGACGGAGAAUAUGGCUGAAAGCUUUCUUGAUGGCGGUAUCCAGAUGGAUUCCUUUGUUGACGAGUAUUUAGCAAAGCGCAAAUUAGCACAUUUACGGCGUGUGAAAAUUGAGAAACUUCAAGAGAUGGUGUUGAAAGGACAGAGACUCCCCCAGGUUUCUAUGCAGCCACAAUCAAGACCACCUGAACCCGUCCAGGCCCCUCCAUUGUCAUAUCCAGCUGCUUUCAAUACUCCACCUGCAGUCAUGCCUAGAAGAGCUGUUCCACCACCGCCUCCUGCGCAAGCUGGAAUGUAUCCAACUCCUUUUGCAAUGGCUGCACAACAGGCUCAGCCUGGGCUCCCAUACGCAGCUUCUCCUUGCCCUCCUAUUCCCUCACGGAUAGGAUAUCAGCAUCAAGGUCAGAUGCCUCAGCAUGGCUACCCACCAUACACACCUCAGUAUCCCCCAGCUGUUCCUCAAAGACCACCUCAACGGCUGCCACCAAACCCUGGCUUCAUUUUGUAGUGAUACAGCAUGAGUUUUCCUCAGUCAAACAUUGGUGCUCCCAACUUUACACUAAUCUCUUGUUCUGUGCGCUGGAUAUGUAUGAAAUGUAUACAUAUUUACAUAUACAGCAAGCCACAGGACUACUGUUCUUAAAAAUAACUGGCCACUGGUACUGUCUCUGUUCAGGACAAUGAUAGACUAUUUGGCUUGUAAACUCCUUUUUUGUGUUCUGGGUGGUUGGAGAGAGAUUUUGUAGGUUUAGGUUGAAAACCAAAUGUGCAGCCAGAACAGCGAUAACAUCAUGGAGAGGAUUUCUACUUCCUGUGCCACUGUGUUGCUUUUUAUCCAUGUUGAAUUAUACUUGUGAAUGCUGCAUUGGAAUGAACAGUUCACUUGUGUCACAGCCAUUGGUAACAUUUAAAAUCAAGUUCCAGUGUAUGAGAGAGAUCAAGAAAAAAUGCAUUGAUCCAUUGCCAAAAAUCCUCAGGUUCUCUGUGACCUAAGAAGAAGCCUGUGCAGAAAGCUGAACAGUGAGGUUUGCACUGCAUAUCUUGUACCCGAUUUUCAAUGUGUCUAACAAUAACUUAAUAAAAGAACAAAAGAUCAUAGUAAUGUUACCGUAAAAUACCUAGGACAUUAAUAGGAUCAUUCAGGGAUUAGAAUGUUACUAAAUCUGUAAUGUGUAGACUAAAUGCAGAUUGCGUGGAUGCAAAUUUUUUAUUUUUUGGUCUGACAGCGAUGCAUUUUGUAACUUAUGCACGUGGCUUUGAUGUGCCUUAGACUAACUGCUUACUCCUGGACUCUUAUCUGAUCUGCACAUUGCUUGGCUAGGAUUGCUAGGAAGUGCUGCAUUUAUUCUAAAAGUUCAGUUGCAUGAUCUGCAGCUGUCGUCCUUACAUGAUGGAAUAGAAUUUUCUUCACUUUCUACCUUAAGGCUAGGGCGACAUGGUGACGUUGGCUGGGCAUAAUUGUGAUCACAAUGUCAUGCUGUAAAAUCACAGAUGAUGUGAAUGUUAUUGUGUUGUGGCUGUGAUAUGGCAGAAAUGCAGACCUGCUGGAUGACAACUUGACCACAUUCAAUUCUAGCAGCGAUCGAAGAGAUGCCUUGUAGCCCUAGCCAUAAUGAAGUUUAGGAAGAGGUAAAUGGAAACUGCUGUUUUAUUUAUGCAAAUUGUCAAGGGCAUGGCCAUUUACUGCCAGUGGUCAUUCUUGAUAUGCUAAGCUAGUGUUUUAUAGUCACUUUUUAUUGGCAGCCAAGUAGAUAUAAAGAAUAGGUUCACUUUUUGAACAUAAUUUUACAAUUUGUCUGGAUGCAAACACCAUAAAGUUGAGUAAAUAAAUUACUCGUAAUACAGGCAGGAACUGAGUGCAUAAGUCAAAACUGCAGUCUUGAUUCUGCUGGUUAAUAAUACCUUAAGGCUGCAAUGCCCUGUGCUCCAUUUCACUUUUGUUUGUACAUUAUAUCGCACAAUGCAAAUCACAGACUUUAAAAAGGCAAAAUGAGCUGUACGAUUGCAGCUCCUUUAAAGGGGUACUCCCACCCUAGACAUCUUAUCCCCUAUCCAAAGGAUAGUGGAUAAGAUGUCUGAUCUCAGGGGUCCCGCCGCUGGGGUCCCCCGCAGUAUUGCAUGCGGCACCCACCUGUUUUUUUUUUUUUUGUCCGGAAGCGCUGGAGGGUCUGAGUCGCGACUACGGGAACGGAAGUCCGUGACGUCAGGACUCCGCCCCCGUAUGAUGUCACGCCCAUCCCCUCAAUGCAAGUCUAUGGAUAGGGGAUAAGAUGUCUAGGGUGGGAGUACCCCUUUAACAUGCAGAUUUGUGAUUGCAGCUGUGGAGUACAGACCGAGGAUCCGUACAAGAUAAGAAACCCUGUAGAUUCAAACCUUUUGAUUAUAUGGUGAAUCUACAAGUGCUGUGGAAAAGGAAGGGUUACAUUUUAAGGUAGGGUAAAGCCAUAUGUUUUAAGCAUUUCUAGAACCAGUGUGAACAGGGUUGGUGUCACAUUGCACUACUGUUGGAGCACAACUGCUUUCAAAAUUCAUUGUCUGUAUCCUGUCCAUUACACUCUAACAUUUUAUUUGUACAGGGUAUCGUUGGCGGUUUGUAUCUUUACCUGUGAUGUGGUCUAUACAGCACCAAGAUGCUCUUAUUUACAACCUGUUGUCAUAAUAUCCAUUCAUGGCUUUAUAUAUUUGUAUUUCAUGGCUCAUUAAAGAUCUUACUGUGUAUAUAGAAAAAAAACAGACAAUACUGUAAUGCAAAUAAUAUUCAAACCUAUUCUAUAGAAGCCACUGAAGUCCACCCACAUUGUAGCCAGAAGCAUUUGACCCUUCCAUUACACCACUUCUGCAUUGAAGACCAAAAGGGUUUGUGGUGUCUAAACCAGGAGUCUGAUCGAGUUAGAUGCUUUAUUCAGAUACUCUGUUCCCUCCAUGCAGACACUAGUACAUGUUUUAUAGUGUAAAAUGUAAUGUAAAGGUUUAUGUUAACUAAUAACUGCAGUUGUUAAAUUACCUGGAUAUUUUCAAUAAAUUACAAACUCUAGAUUU